AUGCGGUCAACAUUCCGCGACAGUCGCAUGAUCUUUUUUCGAUGCUCGAGGGUAGCAUUCUCCGCUGCCCUGCUGUAUUUUGAAGAGAACCAGACUGCUUUCUCGUCGAGUUUUGGAAUUCCAUCGCUGGUUGCGGACGAGCGCGUCCUGAUCAACGGUGAUAAGGGAUGUACGGAAGCCGAAGCGGCAACUAACGCAGCCCUCGGAGGAGCAAAUGAGGCCCAAGAUAUUCGCCAUUAUAUGAUUAUCUUGAUUCGGCAUGCCCAGUCAGAGGGAAACAAGAACCGCGAAAUUCAUCAAACAAUCCCCGAUCAUCGUGUAAAGCUCACACCCGAAGGACACCGACAGGCCAGAGACGCAGGUACAAGGUUACGAGGACUCCUACGACCCGACGACACUAUCCACUUCUUCACGUCUCCGUACCGCCGUACUCGUGAGACUACGGAGGGCAUCCUCGAGUCUCUCACGGCUGAUACCCCCUCUCCGUCGCCCUUUCCAAGGCACACAAUUAAGGUUUAUGAGGAGCCGCGGCUGCGGGAACAAGAUUUCGGCAAUUUCCAACCAUGCUCAGCGGAGAUGGAGCGGAUGUGGCUCGAAAGAGCGGACUAUGGGCAUUUCUUUUAUCGAAUCCCGAAUGGCGAAUCUGCGGCGGACGCUUACGACCGGGUGAGUGGGUUCAACGAGUCGAUGUGGCGACUGUUCGGUGAGAAGGACUUUGCGAGUGUUUGCGUGCUUGUUACACAUGGACUCAUGACUAGGGUCUUUCUGAUGAAAUGGUAUCAUUCCUUUGUGGAGUAUUUUGAGGAUCUCCGCAACAUCAACCAUUGCGAGUUUGUGAUCAUGAAACUCAAUGAGGACAGCGGGAAGUAUGUGCUCCAGAAUCAACUCCGGACAUGGUCCGAGUUGAGGAUGGAGAAAGAGCGGGAAAGGCAGCAGGAGCAGGCUGCAAAGGGCCUGCCAGCAAGCUCUACACCAUCAGAAACUCCAGUCCCAGUCAGACGCAAAUGGGGCGGAUGUCCUAACGGCUGCAACCACGGUGUUUCUAGAAUGAGUUAUCAACGAACAUCUAGAACACAUGAUGGCGAUCCGCGAAAAGAACAUGACAGCCACCAUAAAGCAUCCCAAGACGCCACCCGCAAUAGCCAGACGAGUCAGAGCACAAAUCAAUUCAACAAUGCUAACACAGCGAACGAGGGACAAACAAUCGAGGCCCCUGAACCAGCAAUCGGCGACAAAGCUGCUGAAUUGCCAUUGAAAACGCUCCCUCCAAAAGCACAAUAUUCUUCUACCCCCGAACCAACCACACCCACCCAACCGCACAACACGACACAUCACCAUCAUUAUCAAGCGUCCCCGAAACACUCCAGAGACCUACUGGACCAGGAUCACUCACAUCCAAACUACAACCUCAUCCACCUCGUCGGCCGCGACGGCGGCGGAACGCUCAGCGGCGCCGGUAGCGUCGCGGCAUCUGAAGACGAACACGAUACUUACCGCAGCCACCACCAUCGCCAUCACAAUCUACACGAACCCUCCCGUUCCGGACUCAAACGACACAAACCGCGUCCGUCGCAAGACCUCGAGAAUGAUGGUGACGAUGAAGGGAGUGGGCGGCAGGCGCCCAAACUUCGACGUACGAGGUCGUCUCAUCAUCGAUAUCAUGCUUCCCCAACACGAACAGAUAAGACCCUGACUCAGACCCGAACUCAAGAUCAAGCACCAGCGGCUGAAAAGAAUGCAAUAACGCGAACGAUACCUAAUACAGGCGGCGAAACCGAAAAGGCGUUGCCUGGGGGACAACCAUCUGAAAACCCCGACGCAGCUCAGGGCCAAAAAGCACCCGAGAGCAUGCGGGAAACUGGAAGAGAAGACGAAGAGGAAAAUGAGAGCGAAAAUGUGAAGACCCUCGAACAAGCGCAGAAAGAGGACCAGAGCCUUCGGGGGAGCGUUUAUUAGGUUAUCCACUUUGUUUUUAGAAUGGAGACAUACCCAUAUAGGUGACUAGAUGAUGUGAUGCAUGAGAUACCCUUCAAUACGAUACUAUCUGU